CGUCACGCGUGCGUGUGUCUCGCGUCGAGCGGCCCAAAUAAGCACGUUUGGGGUGUAGGUGCACGCUAUUACCGAUUGCGGGGCUUUAGGGGUAGAUACUUGAUAGUUGGCCUUUUGUUGUGUGCACAGUAGUAAGCGGUGGUGUGGCAUUUUCAAGCCGCUGGUGCGUCGAGCAAUGGCGGUUACAGCGUUAUCAUUCCAGUGGAUGGAUGCACUGGAAAAGGAGUUCGAUGUCACCUUCGUUGACCUAGACACCAUUCUUGGCAGCGGCGUGCUCGACUCGCUGGACGAGGCGGCCGACUCGCUGCCCGAGGCGGACGAGGCGGGCGGCCUGACGGCGGCUGUACGCCACAAGCUGGCCGCGCUCGCCUCCUGUUGGGCGCAGCUCGUCCACAAGACGCAGACCGUUUUCCAGAACAACGCCAAGCUCGAGGCGGCGCUGGUGCACGUGCGGGACGAGCUGCAGGAGGCAGAGGCGGCGCGCUGUGUUAUGGAGAAGGAGAUGAAGGAGCUGCUGCUGCAACUGCAUUCUAUCCAGCUUCAGCUACACAAACAGACGACCGUCGGCACCGACUCGGACAACAUCAUCAAAAAAUUGGACUCUGAUCUGUACCUGCGCCGGCGGGACCUGAUGCGUGAGGAGAAGCUGCUGGCCGAGCUGCGCUGCCUGCGCUCCGAAGCGGACCAGCUGAACGGCUACAUCGUCAGCCUGCAGAGCGAGGUGGUUGGCUGCCGUCUAGCCGCCAAGUACAUGGACAAGGAGCUGGCGGGCAGAAUCCAGCAGAUCCAGCUGCUGGGCCGCGGUCUGCACGGGCCGGAGCACGGCCGGCUGUGGGCGCAGCUGGAGGCCGAGAUCCAGCUGCACCGGCACAAGACUCUCAUCCGCGCCUGUCGCAGCAGGAUGUGGCGUGAUCCGCCGGGGGAACCGAAGCUGACCGGACCGCGGCUGGUGCACGUCACCAAGGCCGACAAGGAGGGUCUGGGCAUGUCCAUCACGGGUGGAGAGGAGCACGGCGUGCCGAUCGUGGUGUCGGCCCUGAAGCCGGGCGGACCCGCCGACCGCUCGGGUCUGGUGCACGUGGGCGAUACCAUCCUGUCGGUGAACGAUAUCAGCCUGCAGCAGGUGCGGCACCAGGAGGCAGUGGAGGUGCUGUCAUCUGUGACCGGCGACAUCAAGCUCGAGUUGCAGUAUGUGCCGACGAUAGCGGAGGACCUCAGUGAAGGCAUAUACGACAUGGGACACUUCAGGUACGACAUGCUGGAGGACUCGCCGCUGUCGCCGGUGCCGGUCCGAGAGAACGGCGCGGCCCGACCUGCGCUGCCGACGCGGACGGCCGCCAGCCGGCCGGGCGCCGCUCAGAAACAGGGACCGCUCCCGGCGGUGCCCAGGUCGUGGCAGCAAAGCCGGCCCCGGCCAGCUAUUGGCUGGGUUGGCGACAGGCGCAAAAAGUUGCGCAUUUGGGUCAAGUUCAUCGCCGUCUGGGCCGCGUGA